CGCGCCAUGGCGCUCGCAAGGCAAGUGCUUUGUGUGUGUGCUUUGCUGGGGCUGCCGCUCGCUCGCGCUGAGCCCAUCCGCUACUCCGUAGCCGAGGAGGCGGAAAGCGGCUCCCUGGUGGGCGAGCUGGCGGAGGACGCGGGGCUGACGCCGGCGCAGCUCUCGGCUCGCCGCGCCCGCCUGGUCUCGGAGGACGGCCGGCAGCAUUUUCGCCUCGAGCGCGCCUCCGGCCGCCUCAUCGUGGCGGAGAGGCUCGACCGGGAGGAGCUCUGCGCCCAGUCCGACACCUGCAUGCUCCCCUUCGAGCUGCUGCUCUCCAACCCCCUGCAGUUCUUUCGGGUCGAGGUCACUCUAGACGAUAUCAAUGACCACUCGCCUGUCUUCCCCGAGGAACGAGUCAAUUUUAAGGUCCUGGAAAGGAGCGACCCGGGCUCCCGUUUCCCACUGGAGGUGGCUCAGGACCUCGAUAUUGGGAGCAACACAGUUCAGGAGUACAGUAUUUCUCCCGAAAAUCAGUAUUUCAGUGUCUCCUAUGGGACACGUAGUACAGGGAAGAAGUAUCUUGAACUUGUUUUGGAAAAGCCACUAGACAGAGAGGAGCAGACAGAGAUGCGUUUCAGUGUUAUUGCUGUGGAUGGUGGCACUCCUCCCAGAAGUGGGACCACAGAAGUGAAAAUUGUCAUUCUAGAUGUGAAUGACAAUGCUCCCAUAUUCAUGCAGGAGGUGUACAUUGCAAAGGUUCUGGAGAAUAUGGCAGAGGGCUCUCUUGUUCUGAGUGUCCUGGCAACUGAUCCAGAUGCAGGACUAAAUGGGGACAUCUCCUAUCAACUCAUCCAAGCAGUGGGACAGAGUGAGUCAGCAUUUGUGAUUAAUCCCAUAACUGGGGAAAUUAAACUCACAAAACCUCUGGACUUUGAGGCAGCACACACUCACGAGCUCAGCGUGAGGGCCACAGAUGGUGGAGGCCUCUCAGCCAUCUGCAAAGUGUUGGUGGAGGUGGUGGAUGUGAAUGACAAUGCCCCAGAGCUGGUGGUCAGUUCCUUCAGCAGUCCCCUCCCCGAGAACACAGUGCCCGGCACGGUGGUUGCCCUGUUUACGGUCAGGGACCAGGACUCUGGUGCCAACGGGAAGAUCUCCUGUGGCCUGCAGGAUCAGCUCUUCUUCUCCCUGCGGCCAGCCUAUAAGAAUUACUAUGAGCUGGUGACAGUGAGCGCGCUGGACCGCGAGGAGACGCCUCAGUACGUCCUGAGUGUCACGGCAGCAGAUGCGGGCUCGCCUCCUCUCAGCACCACGCAGACCUUCACCGUGGACAUCUCCGACGUCAACGACAACGCCCCCGUCUUCAACCAGACCUCCUACACCAUGUACGUGCGGGAGAACAACGUCCCCACGGUGUUUGUUGGGGCCGUGAGCGCUGCAGAUGCUGACGUGGGGCUCAAUGCCAAGGUGACCUAUUCCCUGGCAGCAGAGCAAGGGCCAGAGCGGCCCUGGUGCUCCUGCAUCUCGGUGAACUCGGAGACGGGACACGUGUUUGUGCUGCGGCCCCUGGACUACGAGCACUUGAGGCAGACCGAGGUGACGGUCAGUGCCUCUGACGCGGGCUCUCCUCCCCUCCGAGCCAACGUCAGCGUCCGCCUUGUGGUGCUGGACGAGAACGACAACGCCCCGCUCGUGCUCUACCCGGCCCCCGAGAGCAGCCCGGCCUCCAGUGAGCUGGUGCCCGUGUCGGCUGAGGCGGGCUACCUCAUCAGCAAAGUGGUGGCCGUCGAUGCCGACUCGGGACAGAACUCCUGGCUCUCCUACCACCUGCUGAGGGCCACCGACCCAGGCCUGUUUUCCGUGGGCCUCCAAAGCGGCGAGGUGCGUCUCAGGAGGCCGGUGACAGAGAGAGACAGCGUCAAGCAGAAGCUCCUUGUGCUGGUCAGAGACAACGGCAAGCCCCCGCUCUCAGCCACGGCAGCUCUCAGCGCUCUCCUGCUCAAGGACUUCUCCGACGUGCGCCUCCCGCACAGCAGCCCGGCCACCGAGGAUCAGGCCGCCUCCCUCACCACCUAUUUAAUCAUUGCCUUGGUCUUUGUCUCCCUCCUCUUCCUCAUCACCACCGCAGCGCUGGUGGCUCGCAGGCUGUGCAGGAGGAAGGAGCUGAAGGCUGGCCACGUGCUCUAUGCUGCCGACACCUUGCAGAGCGGCCUGGCCGAUGCAGCCGCUGCUGCAGGGACCCUGCCCCGCCCCUAUUGCUACGAGAUCAGCCUCACCACGGGCUCGGGCAACAGCGAGUUCAGAUUCCUCAAGCCCAUCCUGCCCAGCCUGCCCCCACAGCACUGCGCCGUGGGCCAGGGCCCCCAUGAGGAACAGGAUUUCCCCGCUGGCCCUGUCAGCAGCGAGGACACAGCCCCAGACAAUGCUGGCACUCUCUCUGCAGGACAGUUCAACGCUCUUUCCUUUGACUAGCUGGGCUCUGCACAGACUGAGGCUUCAUCGGUCUUGGGAGGAAGAUAUCAAGGCUCCAGCAUGUGGCAAUUUUUUCUCAAGAGUUUAUCUGUGUUUGCAGUUGGAUCAACCAACUUUCUGAAAGUUCUAUUCAGAAUAAAAGCAAUCUGGCACUCCCAAUACAUCAAUGGAAGUACAAGAGGUCAAGGUUCACUCACUUUUUUUAGUCAUUUGUUUCAGCUCUUUAACUGCUAUUUCUUACAGGCUUCAUGAAUGCAGGUAGCACUCACAGCUCUGUUGUUCUUUCUCUUGCUGUCUGACAAGUCAGAGGACCUUUUUAUUCUGACCUUUAAACAAUGUCACUGUGGGCCAAACAAGUCAUAUCCUCACUGA